GCUGUUUGUGACCUGUUAAAUACCAUUGCAGCAAGUGUGUGGAAAUGCUGCUCAGAUGGAACAUGGAAGUAUUGCUCUGCACAGACUGAGUUUAUUAGGACAGCAUCAUGUCCUUCUCAAGUAGAUCCUAUGGAACCUAUGGAUCCAGGACUCUCAGCAUGUAUGGGGGAGCUGGGGGCCAAGGAGCUCGCAUCUCAACUUCCAGCUGUGGGUCUCUUUACGGAUCUGUUCGGGGCUUCAAUCUUGCUGAUGGUCUUGAUCUUCACAUUUCAACCAAUGAGAAGGUCACCAUGCAAAAUUUGAACGAUCGUCUGGCUUCCUAUAUGCAGAAGGUGCAUUCUCUGGAAAAGAAAAAUGCUGAGCUGGAGAAGAACAUCACGGAGUGGUAUGAAAGCCAUAAUAUCAUCUUCCGUGACCACACUGACUUCUUGGAAAAGGUCAAAGAUCUAAGAGAGCAGAUUGAGUACAUCGCUAAGUGUAAUGCCAAGACUGUGCUUGACAUUGACAAUUCCAGACUGGCUUCUGAAGAUUUCAGAAUGAAGUAUGAGACUGAGCGAAACAUGCGUGUGGUGGUGGAGGAAGACACUAACUGCAUCAGAAAGGUUCUGGAUCAGAUGACCUUUUCUCGCUCAGAUUUUGAGCUGCAGUAUGAGAGUCUGAAGGAGGAGCUUGUCACGCUCAACAUGAACCAUGAGCAGGAAAUGGCUGAGGUACGUGAGCAGGCUGCCCAGGUGAACGUGUCUGUGGAUGCAGCGCCCUCUACGGACCUGAACAAAGCCUUGUCAGAGAUCAGACAGCAUUAUGAGGCCCUGACUGCCAAAAACCGCAGCGACCUGGAAACCUGGUACCAGAGCAAGAUUUCCACUGUGGAGCAGGACGUGGUCACACACUCAGAGGAAUUGCACUAUAGCAAAACGGAACUCAAAGAGCUGAAGAGCACCUUCCAGAGGCUACAGAUUGAACUGCAGACCCACCACAGCAUGAGAAUGUCCAAUGAGGAAAGUCUAGCAGAGACUGAAGCUCGGUAUUCUGAACAGUUAGCAGAGCUGCAGAGGACCAUCAAUAACCUGGAGCUCCAACUCUAUCACAUCCACUCUGACAUGACCUCCAACAAAAGGGAGUAUGACAUACUCCUGGACCUCAAGAAUCAUCUGGAGACAGAGAUCACAGAGUACAGGCUACUGCUGGAGGGAGAAAACAGUGAGCACCAAAUUGUUCACAAGACAACCACCGUGGUAGAGACACUUGUGGAUGGAAAGGUGGUGGAAAGCACAGAGACAGUGAUGACGGACGAAUGACAGAUUUGUUAAUUGAGCUGAUUGACACUGAUUUAUUAUUCAAAUCAAAUAGCAACUUCAAAAUGUCACCUAAAAGUAGUGUUCAGCUUUGCACUGAAAAUAUUGCAAGAAUUGAGUUAAAAAGUAAUUCUUGGUUCUUGCUUUUCUUCUGCACAUACCUUUUUGCAAACUGUAUCCUGGUCUGUCUCUUCUUGACACUGGUGUGUUCCUCUCUUUAUGGUCUUUGACACAUCUAAGCAUACAUCGUUGUUAGUAUUCUAAAUUUGUUCCAUAGUUUAAAACAAGUAGGAGUAUAGCCACUGCUUUCCACAGCAGAAAAUGGGUUCCUUAUGAUUGAAAGUAUUUUUCAACCAUCCACUACCAUGAACUUCUGUGGCCUACCAGACUGUUUGCUAUUGCUAAGCUUGUCAGUGCAUUCUUGGGUCUUGACUAUGUACCAAAUAGCUUUGACACACCUAAUGAUUUACCUGUGUCUAUUCUUGAAGAUUUAGAUGUUUCAACCUCCUAUUCUGGCAUUGAAAAUCAACAGAAGCAGCCUGCAGAUGCAAAUCCCACAUCAGUACUUGUUUUGUGCACCAAUGUCACACACAUAGUCUAAGAAAUAGCAAAAGUAAUGUUUGUAAAGAACCCUUCAAAACAUUAAAAGCUGAGGCACCAGAAUAACUUUCUUUGCUGAUGUUGUCUCUUUGGCUGUCUAACAGUUCUUGUCAGUUCUUGCCCAAUCUGA